CUGUUGUUCACUUGAUCCUCUAAAACAGAUUUAUAUAUACCAUCAUCACCUUCAAUUUCACCACUACCCACCAUUUCUUCCUCUUCUUCUUCUUCUUCAGCUGCUUCCUUCCUUUCUUUCUUCACCUACUGUACGAAUCUCUGCCUUUUCAGCCCAUCCAGAGGCCAAACUUCUUUUCCCCACUCUGUUUCUCUGCCCCGCCAAACUCAUUACAAGCAACUCAGCAGCACUUCCUUUUUGCCCUCGCUGUUCUUAUCUGUACGCCCUCUCUAUCUCCUUCAAUCAACAACCGGGCCUGACCCCGCCUUUUUCCUGUCCAAAGUUCUGGGUUUGCCAUAUUCAAUUAUGGGUUCUUUGAGUUCUGGGGUUAAUAAAGAGGUGCUCUUUUUGGAUUCCUAGCGAAGGAAGUAAUUUGGAGAAGAAAGGGUAGGUAUGUUUUAGAAAGUAGCUCCACUUUGGCACUAUCCGUAAUCCCGUCGUGAUUUGCAACUAUUUUAUGACCACCUUUAUGGUGGUUGAUUGAAGAUGCUGUUGAGUGGAAGAAAAAGAGGAUAUAAAGCAAAUAGAGAGUAGCAUCUGGUUCACUACAGUCUGUCUCUCUCUCUUGGCUUGAAAAGCUUCUGAAUUCCACUGUUGUAGGAGGUGGGCUCAUUGGAUUUGAUCUCCAGCUAUUGGAUUUAAGGAGUUUUGAGAAGUUUCGUACUUCGGGCUUUAGGGAGCUUAAUAGGUCAUCCAUAAUGAAUCAACCUAAAGUGAAGCGUAGAGUGGGCAAGUAUGAGGUGGGAAGAACUAUUGGUGAAGGAACAUUUGCAAAGGUGAAGUUUGCAAGGAAUUCAGAGACAGGGGAACCUGUGGCUCUGAAAAUACUUGAUAAGGAGAAGGUUCUCAAGCACAAGAUGGCUGAACAGAUCAAGCGGGAGGUAGCCACAAUGAAGCUCAUACAGCAUCCACAUGUGGUUACAUUGUACGAGGUGAUGGGAAGCAAGACCAAGAUAUUCAUUGUUAUGGAGUUCGUGACCGGAGGAGAGCUUUUUGACAAAAUUGUGAAUCAUGGACGAAUGAGGGAAGAUGAAGCCAGGAGAUACUUCCAGCAACUUAUCAAUGCAGUUGAUUAUUGUCAUAGCAGGGGUGUCUUCCACAGAGAUCUUAAGCCUGAAAACCUGCUAUUAGAUGCCUACGGGAACCUCAAGGUUUCAGAUUUUGGUUUAAGUGCACUAUCACAGCAAGUCAGGGACGAUGGCUUGCUUCAUACAACUUGUGGGACACCAAAUUAUGUAGCUCCUGAGGUUCUUAAUGAUAGAGGAUACGAUGGAGCUACUGCAGAUUUGUGGUCUUGUGGCGUGAUACUCUUUGUAUUGCUAGCAGGGUACUUGCCUUUUGACGACUCUAAUCUCAUGAACCUGUAUAAAAAAAUUUCAGCUGCAGAGUUUACUUGCCCUCCUUGGCUCUCUUUACCUGCCAUGAAAUUGAUUUCUAAAAUUUUGGAUCCAAACCCACUUUCUCGGAUAACAAUACCCGAGAUUUUGGAGGAUGAAUGGUUUAGGAAAAAUUAUCAACCGCCCGUGUUUGAGGAGAAAGAGCAGCAACCCAGCUUGGAUGAUGUUGAAGCUGUAUUUAAGGACUCUGAAUUGAAACAGGAACACCAUGUGACUGAGAAGAAGGAGGAACAGCCGACUUUUAUGAAUGCAUUCGACUUGAUUUCCAUGUCCAAAGGGCUGAAUCUUGAGAAUUUGUUAGAUGCCCAACAGCCGAUGUUCAAAAGGGAAACAAGGUUCACGUCCAGGGGCUCAGCGAAUGAGAUAAUCCACAAGAUUGAAGAAGCAGCGAAGCCUCUCGGUUUUGAUGUCCAGAAGAAAAACUACAAGAUGAGGCUUGAGAAUGUGAAAGCAGGCCGGAAAGGAAAUCUUAACAUCGCGACCGAGAUAUUCCAAGUAUCACCUUCUCUCCACAUGGUGGAAGUGCGGAAAGCCAAAGGCGACACUUUGGAGUUCCAUAAGUUCUACAAGAACCUCUCGACAUCCCUCGAUGAUGUGGUGUGGAAGACCGAGGAAUGAGAAGGACGUGCGAGAAGCGAACUGAAGCGUAUCGAGAGAGCUGUAUAAUCAGUGCUUUUGCCCUUGUCUCCUAGCCUGCCUUUGUACCAAGAGCUAUGCUGUAUCAUCGGUUCUAUAUCUUCAUUCUUUCUUUUUUUUUUUGGCCUCCUUCCCUCUUAUUUGUUCUUGUUCUUUUUGGGGGUUUUUUUUUUUUGUAGAAUUAGCUUUAGCCAAUUUGAGAAGGCUUAGGAACAGCUAUGUUUCUCUUCCUGGGUCUGGCAACAUCAGUGAUUUAACACAGAUGUUGCUUAGCCAACGUUGUAUAUGGGUAAUGUUUCUCGAGUGUUGUAAGUUCUGACAAUCACCAAGUGCAAUUUGAUUCUGCUCAAGAAAGAGAUGGUGAAAAAAUUUGCUAGGAAUUCAAAACAUUUAUCAAGUCAUUUGAUUGUGUUGUCAUGGAUUGAAAGAAUACAUAUCCAUAUGUCUUAUUAUUCGUGACAGGAGACUCUAUUAUCGGAAAAGAGUUUGCGACGGUUCGAUGUCGUCUAGACUAGUCCGAAUUGGUAUAUAGAGCUGGAUAAUCGAAAAAAGAGAUUGAUGACUAAGACAGAAUUAUACGAGUAUUUAGUUUGACUUGGCAUG